AUGGCGCACUGCUGCUUCCCAGGUUUCCGCCCGCAACGUGCCCAAAUGAUUCGACGACGCCAUCGCCGCUCAAACCGCUAUCCCGACUUCAACAGCGCAGCGGCCAACGCCGCGGCAAAUCCCGCGGCGGCUGGAGGGUCAUGCGACGACGGCGGCAGCGCAAUCUACGCUCUGGCACUGGCCAUCCUCUCCGGUGGCGCGGUCCGGAGCGCAGUUGCGACAUGGCCUCAGGAGCGGCUGCGCCCGCGACGUUCGGCGCCGACGCCGACGCCGACGACGCCGACGCCGACGGCAACAGAACCGGCGCCGACGCCUACGCCACCGGCGCCGACCCCCAAGCCGCAGACGCGAACGAUAGCCACAAAAAGCCAGUCGACCGCCUACACAGGGCAGUGGUAG